GCUUGGGUCCUGCGGCAAAAGAGCAUCUACGCGAGAUUUAGCAGUGCUUGCGUGCUCCCACACAGACUCUUAGUCAAUCAUGCCACCCAAGUUUGACCCCUCCGCCGUUAGCUACGUCGUCCUUCGUACGACUGGUGGUGAAGUUGCUGGUGGUUCGGCCUUGGCUCCCAAGAUCGGUCCUCUUGGUCUGUCUCCCAAAAAGGUCGGUGAAGACAUCGCCAAGGCUACCAAGGAAUACAAAGGCCUCAGGAUCACUGUCCGAUUGGUGAUCCAGAACCGUCAAGCGGCGGUGGAGGUGCUCCCAAGUGCUUCAUCUUUGGUCAUCCAGGCUUUGAAGGAGCCCCCAAGGGACCGUAAGAAGGAGAAGAACAUCAAACACACUGGCAACCUCACGCUUGACCAAAUCAUUGAUGUUGCUCGUAAGAUGCGAUUCAAGUCGUACGCCAAGGAAUUGAAGGGUACCGUCCGGGAAAUUCUCGGUACUGCCUUCUCCGUUGGCUGCACAGUCGAAGGUCAAUCUCCUCAGGACAUCAGCGAGAAAGUUGCCUCUGGGGAAAUUGAAAUCCCUGCCGAAUAAAAUGUUUAUUGAGGUCUGGGUUAGUGAUGUAUAGGGCUUCCAAUAAACGAAUUCGAAAAAAUAUGCUCCAUUUAAUGUUGAAAAUUGAUAUUCAAAACUAUAUUGAAUUUGCCGUUCAGAGGACGGUGUGCGAUUGU